UCUCUCUCUCUCUCUCUCUCUCUGAAUUAAAGCUUGAUAAUGGAGGAUGAAAGAGAAAUUCUGAUAAGAAAAACUAAUAAGGUAUUCAACCGUUGCAUCUCAAACGCAGGAGAUGAAUUGUGUAGCUUCAGGUCUUGUCUUCGAUGGAUGUGUUUAGAUCAAUCAAGUAUAUGGAGGUCUUGUCUCUCAUGGUCUCUGUUCCUUCUUCUGGCGAUCAUUGUUCCUCUUCUGUCUCACUUCGUUCUUGCCUGCCCAACCUGUGACGCCAGACAUCACCGCCCCUAUGACGGCGUCGUUCAAUUAUCUCUCACUGUCGUCGCUACCCUCUCCUUCUUCUGUCUCUCUCGCUUUGUCCGUACUUAUGGUCUUCGUCGGUUCCUCUUUCUUGAUAAGCUUUGCGAGGAAAGCGAGAAGGUUGGCUUGGGAUAUACAGAGCAAUUCAACAGGUCAUGGAAGCUGCUCCUAGUGUUUAUCCUCCCUUGCUUCGCUGUGGAGAGUGCCUACAAGAUAUGGUGGUUCAGCUCAGCAGCGAUCCCUUUCCUAGGCAGCGAGAUCGUAAGCGACGCAGUCGCAUGCACGUUAGAGCUAUGCUCAUGGUUAUACCGAACAUCUAUCAUCUUCUUCGUCUGCAUCUUAUUCCGGUUGCUCUGCUACCUUCAAAUACUCCGACUACAAGACUUUGCCGAAGUUUUCCAAGUAGAGUCUGACGUAGCAUCAAUAUUGAAAGAACACUUGAGGAUAAGGAGACAUCUUCGGAUUAUAAGCCACCGGUACCGAGUUUUCAUUAUCUUUGCUCUGUUAUGUAUCACAGCGAGUCAACUCGCUUCAUUACUUAUCAUCACUCGCUCCAACUCAGUUGUUACUAUCUUCACUGCUGGUGAAUUAGCUUUAUGUUCAAUCACAUUGGUGACGGGGUUGUUCAUAUGCUUGCGAAGUGCUACAAAGAUAACACAUAAGGCGCAGGCAGUGACAUGCCUUGCGGCCAAAUGGCAUGUUUGUGCCACGAUCGAGUCUUUCGACGGUGGCGGCACCGAUAGUGAGACACCGGUAUUGGCAGAUUAUGAGGUGGCUCGACCUCAUGUACGUGAUUUUCCGAUCAAUUCUAAUGGAGAAUGGGAGGAUGAAGAGAAUGCUGAUGGAGAAAACGAGCUCGACAACACCAAUAUUAUCAUGCCUAUUUAUGCUCGCACCAUCUCUUUCCACAAGAGACAAGCACUAGUGACAUAUUUCGAGAACAACAAAGCAGGGAUUACGGUAUUCGGAUUCGUUCUGGAUAGGUCUUGUCUCCAUACCAUCUUUGCGGUCGAGAUGUCUCUUGUCCUUUGGUUGCUUAGCAAGACCAUUGGAAUUUCUUAAAUAUUUUUGGACUAUUUCUCUUUACUUCUUAAGUAAAUAAAAUUUCUCACACAUACACAGA